AUGUAUACUGAGAAGUCCCACUGGGCGUGCCAAAUUGUUCACCCGUUUUGUGUUUACUCCUAUGAUGGAAGGGCAAAGUUCCCCACUGCCUUGAGAACCAUAGACUGGUCAACAAGUCAGCUUUCUUUGGUGUGCGAGCGUGCCACUGCUAGUAAUGAACAGCCUAGCAGACUUAGUCUGGAAUGGAUAACUUGCGCCCCAAGUUACUGA